GCUUUUUCAACAACUCUAAGAAGUAUACUGUUUACUUUCCUCCACACUGUAUUAACAUACUUUAAAAUGGAGUCCCAGAUAUAGAAAGAACAUACUGCUAAUGCUAAAUCCAGCUCACUUCAGCUGAACGCCAGUGGGGGGCUUCUUGCCUUGGCUUUUGUAAUGUUUAUAGACAUCUCCAUCUUUUUUUUUUUUUAAUAGUUGUAGAUGGACAGAAUGCCUUUAUUUGUUUUUUAUUUUCAUGUGGUGCUGAGGAUUGAACCCAAUGCCUCACACAUGUUAGGCAAGUGCUCUGCCACUGAACUACAGCCCCAGCCCCGGCAUCUCCAUCUUGUAAUCCUUUGAGAAAGGGCAUUAAAGCAAUAUACUGUUGAGCUAACAAAUAUAUUCAGAUGUGUUGCAAACAUGUUUUUAAAAGUUUACUAUUUUUUAUUUUAACUGACAAAUAAUAAUCAUUUAUGGGGUACAAUGUGAUAUUUCAAUACAUGUUUACAGUGUAUAAUGAUCAGAUCAGGAUGACUGGCAUAUCCAUCACCCAGGUUAUUUUGAAGGGUACUUUUAUUGUCAGCCUAUUUGCCAGUGAGGAAACUAGAACCUGAAGAAUAAAAGCCUUGCCCCAGGCCACACAGUUGACCAGUGACAAGCUGGGAUUAAAGUCCUAUGAUUGAAUGUCAGAGUCCGACCCUUUCAUUGUUAUAUUACACAAUCCCUCAUACAGUCCAGUUUCAGAAUUGUACUUUUGUUUUUAAUCCUCCCAGAAGAGGUGAACUUCUUUUCUUUCUUUAUUUUUUGUUCUUCAAGCAAGCACCUAAUUGGCUUCUACCUACUGCUGUUUUUUCCAGUAUCUUUCUAUGUUCCCUCCUACUCUCUCUCCCUUUCUACUUUCUUUCUUUUUUUUAAUACCGGGGAUUGAACCCAGAGGCCUCUACCACUGAUCCUGAGCCAAUUCCUUUUGAUUUUGAGAUAAGAUCUCAAAAAAUUGCUAAUGUUAGCCUGGAACUUGCAAUCCUUCUGCCUCAGCCCCCAAAUUGCUGGGAUUACAGACGUGCUCGUCACCAUGCCUGACUUCUAUUUUGUUUUACCUAUGUAAAAGGAAGAACACAGUAACUUUGGUUGGCCCUGUGCCUCUCAUACUCCCUUUGCUUGCUCUUUCUUAUCCUCGCCUCUUUUUUUCUCAAGUAUAAGUUUUAGUGCCAUUUCCUCACCACCUGCUCAAUCUGUGCCUCUUAGUCCUUUGUUGUCUGGCUCUUGGCCCCUUCACUUCUUCUGAACAAUAUCUUUGAGGGUCUACCUAAAAUUGCUCAGGCUGGCCUUGAAUUUGUGAUCCUCCUGCCUCAGCCUCCUGAAUCCCUGGGAUUAAAGGACCCCUGCAGUGGACCAUGAGUUGGUAAUGCACACUGAGUACCACUGGGAGCCAUGUCAGACGAAUCCGCCUCAGGGAGCGAUCCAGACCUGGACCCGGACGUGGAGCUGGAUGAUGAGGAAGAGGAGGAGGAGGAGGAGGAGGUGGCAGUGGAGGAGCAUGACAGGGAUGAUGAGGAAGACCUGCUGGAUGACCAAUCCCUGGAAGUAAUGUGUGGCACUGAACACGACCACCUGGGGGAAGAUGGACAGCGGCCGCCGCGAUGCACUUCAACUACCUCAUCUCAGUCUGAGCCUUCAGAGCAGCUUAAGCGCCCCCAAGGCAAGAUCCUAGCCUCUGAGGACCCCAAAAAGAAGAGAGCUCAGAAACCCUCUCACAUGAGAAGAAACAUACGAAAGCUACUGCGGGAGGAUCAAUUGGAGCCUGUUACCAAAGCAGCACAGCAGGAAGAGUUGGAAAGAAGGAAGCGCCUGGAGCAGCAGAGGAAAGAUUAUGCAGCCCCCAUUCCUACUGUUCCUCUAGAGUUCCUCCCUGAGGAAAUUGUCUUAAGAGCAAGUGAUGGUCCUCAACUGCCUCCUCGGGUCUUGGCCCAGGAAGUCAUUUGUUUGGACAGUAGCAGUGGCAGUGAGGAUGAAAAAAGCAGUCGAGAUGAGGUGAUUGAACUGAGCUCUGGAGAGGAGGACACUCUUCACAUUGUGGACAGCAGUGAGUCUGUCAGCGAGGAGGACGAGGAAGAGGAGAAGGGUGGCACCCAUGUGAAUGAUGCCUUAAACCAGCAUGAUGCUCUUGGGCGGGUUCUUGUCAACCUGAACCACCCUCCAGAGGAGGAAAAUGUCUUCCUCGCCCCACAGUUGGCACGGGCUGUGAAACCUCAUCAGAUUGGCGGGAUCCGGUUCCUGUAUGAUAACCUCGUGGAGUCACUGGAGAGGUUUAAGACCAGUAGUGGCUUUGGCUGUAUCCUGGCCCACAGCAUGGGUCUAGGGAAAACUCUGCAAGUGAUCUCCUUCAUUGAUGUCCUCUUCCGCCAUACGCCAGCCAAAACAGUCCUUGCCAUUGUUCCGGUUAAUACUCUUCAGAACUGGUUGGCAGAGUUCAACAUGUGGCUUCCUGCUCCUGAAUCCCUUCCAGCUGACAACAAGCCUGAAGAAGUCCAGCCUCGGUUCUUUAAAGUUCACAUCUUGAAUGAUGAGCACAAGACGAUGGCAUCUCGUGCUAAAGUGAUGGCUGAUUGGGUGUCAGAGGGUGGGGUGCUGCUGAUGGGGUACGAAAUGUACAGACUCCUCACUCUGAAGAAAUCCUUUGCCACAGGUAGACCGAAGAAAACCAAGAAACGUUCUCACCCGGUCAUCAUUGAUCUGGAUGAGGAAGAUCGACAGCAGGAGUUUCGGAGAGAGUUUGAGAAGGCUUUAUGCCGCCCUGGUCCUGAUGUGGUGAUCUGUGAUGAGGGACACCGCAUCAAAAACUGCCAGGCCAGCACCUCACAGGCUCUGAAGAACAUACGCUCUCGCCGCAGGGUGGUGCUGACUGGGUACCCCCUGCAGAACAACCUCAUCGAGUACUGGUGCAUGGUGGACUUUGUACGCCCUGAUUUCCUUGGCACUCGACAGGAGUUCAGCAACAUGUUUGAACGCCCUAUUCUGAAUGGGCAGUGUAUCGAUAGCACGCCUCAGGACGUCCGCCUCAUGCGGUACCGGAGCCAUGUCCUGCACAGCCUCCUGGAGGGCUUUGUGCAGAGGAGAGGCCACACUGUGCUGAAGAUUCAUCUCCCUGCCAAGGAAGAGAAUGUGAUCCUGGUGCGGCUAUCUAAGAUCCAGCGAGAUUUGUAUACACAGUUCAUGGACCGCUUCCGAGACUGUGGUAGCAGUGGCUGGCUGGGGCUGAACCCUCUCAAGGCUUUCUGCGUGUGCUGCAAGAUCUGGAAUCACCCUGAUGUGCUGUAUGAAGCUCUUCAGAAGGAGAACCUGGCCAAUGAGCAGGACCUAGACGUAGAAGAACUUGGCUCAGCAGGGACCAGUGCCCGCUGCCCACCACAGGGAACAAAAGGCAAGGGAGAGGAUACAACCUUGGCUUCCUCAAUGGGAGAGGCAACCAAUAGCAAGUUCCUACAGGGGGUUGGCUUCAACCCAUUCCAGGAGCGAGGCAACAACAUUGUCACAUAUGAAUGGGCCAAGGACCUUCUGACUAAUUACCAGACUGGAGUCUUGGAAAACUCUCCCAAGAUGGUACUACUAUUCCACCUGAUUGAGGAAAGUGUUAAGCUAGGGGACAAGAUCCUUGUGUUCAGCCAGAGCCUUUCCACCUUGGCUCUCAUUGAAGAGUUCCUGGGAAAACGAGAAGUGCCCUGUCUGCCUGGUGCUGAAGGGCAGGGAGCACAGAAGUGGGUUCGAAAUGUCAGCUACUUCCGGCUAGAUGGUAGCACCCCUGCCUUUGAGAGGGAGCGACUCAUUAAUCAGUUCAAUGAUCCCAGCAACCUCACCACCUGGCUGUUCCUUCUUUCCACAAGGGCCGGAUGCUUGGGUGUGAAUCUAAUUGGCGCCAAUCGAGUGGUGGUGUUUGAUGCUUCCUGGAACCCUUGCCAUGAUGCCCAAGCAGUUUGUCGGGUAUACCGUUAUGGCCAGAAAAAGCCCUGUCACAUCUAUCGUUUGGUGGCUGAUUAUACGCUUGAAAAGAAGAUCUAUGAUCGUCAGAUUUCUAAGCAGGGCAUGUCAGAUCGGGUGGUAGAUGAUCUAAAUCCAAUGCUGAACUUUACCCGGAAAGAGGUGGAAAACCUACUGCACUUUGUUGAGAAGGAGCCAGCUCCCCAAGCAUCCUUGAAUGUAAAAGGUAUCAAGGAGUCAGUUCUACAGCUUGCUUGUUUGAAGUACCCUCACCUCAUCACCAAGGAGCCUUUCGAGCAUGAGUCAUUGCUCCUCAACCGAAAGGAUCACAAACUGACCAAGGCUGAGAAAAAAGCAGCAAAGAAAAGUUAUGAGGAAGACAAACGCACGUCAGUUCCCUACACCCGCCCAUCAUAUGCACAAUAUUACCCUGCCAGUGACCAGAGCCUGACCAGCAUCCCUGCCUUCAGUCAGAGGAACUGGCAGCCAACACUGAAGGGUGAUGAAAAGCCUGUGGCCAGUGUUCGUCCUGUACAGUCCACCCCCAUCCCUAUGAUGCCACGGCAUGUCCCACUGGGAGGCACUGUAAGCUCUGCUUCCAGCACAAAUCCAUCCAUGAACUUCCCGAUUAACUACUUGCAGAGGGCGGGAGUCCUCGUGCAGAAGGUGGUCACCACAACAGAUAUUGUUAUUCCUGGACUCAACAGCUCUACAGAUGUUCAGGCUAGAAUUAAUGCUGGUGAGAGCAUCCACAUCAUCCGUGGGACAAAAGGGACGUACAUCCGCACCAGUGAUGGACGGAUCUUUGCUGUCCGGGCAACUGGCAAACCAAAGGCCCCUGAAGAUGGUCGGAUGGCUGCCUCAGGUUCCCAGGGACCUUCUUGUGAGUCCACAAGCAACGGCAGACACAGUGCCUCAUCACCCAAAGCCCCUGACCCUGAGGGGCUGGCCAGGCCCGUCUCUCCUGACAGUCCGGAGAUCAUCAGUGAGCUCCAGCAGUAUGCAGAUGUGGCUGCUGCUCGAGAAUCCCGUCAGAGCUCCCCAAGCACCAAUGCCUCCCUGCCUGGCCCCCCGGCCCAACUCGUGGACAGCAGUGCUGUUCCUGGGACAGCUCUUGGAACUGAGUCACGGCUUGGGAGUCAUUGCCUCAAUAGUUCCCUUUUGGUGACUGGCCAGCCUUGUGGUGGCAGGCACCCAGUGCUAGACUUAAGGGGCCACAAGCGAAAGUUGGCCACUCCACCUGCCGCCCAGGAGUCAGCCCGCCGGCGGUCCAGGAAGGGCCAUCUGCCAGCCCCCGUGCAGCCGUAUGAACACGGGUAUCCAGUCUCCGGCGGGUUUGCCAUGCCACCCGUCUCCUUAAAUCAUAACCUCACCGCCCCCUUCACCUCCCAGGCUGGGGACAACUCCCUGUUUAUGGGCAGUACCCCCUCCUACUACCAGCUGUCCAAUUUGCUGGCAGAUGCCCGCCUGGUAUUUCCAGUGACUACUGACCCUCUGGUGCCAGCAGGCCCCGUCAGUUCCUCUUCCACGGCUACCUCAGUCACUGCCAGCAACCCCUCCUUCAUGCUCAACCCUUCUGUGCCAGGGAUACUACCCAGCUAUUCACUCCCAUUUUCACAGCCACUCCUGUCCGAGCCGAGGAUGUUUGCGCCUUUUCCCUCCCCUGUCUUACCCAGUAACCUUUCACGGGGCAUGUCUGUCUACCCUGGCUACAUGUCCCCACAUGCAGGCUACCCAGCUGGUGGCCUCCUCCGGUCCCAGGUGCCUCCAUUUGACUCACAUGAGAUUGCUGAGGUGGGGUUCAGUUCCAAUGAUGAUGAGGAUAAGGACGAUGAUGUAAUAGAGGUCACUGGGAAAUAGCUGGGGAGGCUUUCCCCACCUCACUUGGGGUCCCCAGCAGGUUGCUCACAAAGCUGAAAGGCAGUGAUCUGGGCUUUUUGAGAAUAGGGUUCUUGGCAGGAGGGUAAAGGAUGAAGACAAAGAAGAGUGGUUAGCUAUAGGGGCAGGGCUCUGUUGCUAUUUUUAAAAAGAGGAAAAACAAAUACAAAAAACAAAAACCCCAACGGAGCAGCAAUAGUGGGAAAUCAGGGACCCAAAACAGGGACGGUAGGGCAGGGCAGCCUGUCUCCCUUCCUUCCUGCCUUGCUUAUGCUGUCUGCUUGCUUGCUUGCCCAUCUGAGUGUAGAUGUUCACAUCCCAUUUCUGUCUUUGGGAACAGUCUCUCCCAAGAGAGCUGCCUUACCGGGUGACUUAGCUUGGC